UUUGAUGUUUGACGUUUCUCGACGCUUUUAAAUAAUACAUAACCUAAAAGUUGAAUUGUUUAUUUUGUAGAAAAUAACACGAAAUUUUCCUGAUAGUUCUUAACGCCGCUACUAAAAUCAAUGAUAAAGAUCUAAAAAAUUAGUAUCAGUAUAAUUUAGUGCUAUCUUCGUACGUGUUAAUCGAUAUGUUUCAUUAUUUAAAUUUUUCUUAUUUUUUAGGCAAAGAUUUUUUAUCGGAAGUAGUUUCCUUGUUCAAUUGUUUGUAUUCAAUUAAUAGUGUAAUUUGUGAAUAGUUAAAUAUAUAUAUAUAAGUUCUAUAAAGGGAGUAGUUAUCGUGUUGUGAUAGUGAACCUAACAAAUUGGCGGGAAGGCUCUAAUAACGAGUACAGAACCGAUUUUGAUGAAAAGUAAGAGAGGAGUAUACAUUCUACUACACAAAGGCUUCAAGUUUACGAAACGAUCUAGGUCCAAGUUGGGCACAGUAUGGAAGUGCAAAGCCAGCACGUCGCACCAGUGCAAUGCUUCACUGACCACGGAUCCAAAUCUGAAAAUCUUGCUGUCGACAGGAGAUCACGACCACGGAAAGCCCGUCAUAGAGUCUAAACCUAAAAAUGCUAACUGUACAGACCCAAUUUUAAUGAAAAGUGAUAAGAGAGGAGUACACGUUCUAUUAUACAAAGGCUUCAAGUUUACAAAACGAUCUAGGUCCAAGCUAGGCGUAGUAUGGAAGUGCAAAGCGAGCAAACUGUACCAGUGCAAUGCUUCUGUGACCACUGAUGCAAACUUAAAAGUUGUGCUGUCUACAGGAGAGCACGAUCACAGAAAGCCUGCCGUCGAGUCUAAACCUAAACGUGCCAACUCUGCAGAUCUAAUUUUAAACGAAACUAAUUUUGCAGAUUCGUAUUCAAAUUUUAAAGAUCCAAUUUUAAUAAAAAAUGACAAAAAAGGCGUAUAUGUUCUAGUUUACGAAGGCUACCAGUUUACAAGGCGAGCUAAGUCCAAGCAGGGUACAGUAUGGAAGUGUAUAUCGAGCAAAUCUGACCAGUGUAAUGUCACUAUGACUACGGAUCCAAAUCUAAAAAUUGUGUCGUUGAUAGGAAGUCAUGACCAUUCCAAACCCGUCAUUGAAUCUAAACCUAAACAUGUUUAUUUUGAGACUCCCUGAUAAUACUUACUAUGUAUCACUCGCGAAUCAUAGGUAGCUAAACAAUAAUAAACUGUCUAACAAGUAGGUAACCCUCUUAGUGAGCAAUAAUUUCAAUAGCAACUAAAAUAAUGCAAUCUAUUCUCUAAUUAGUAGUUUAGACAUAAAAUACCUAGUAUUUUACGUCUAAACGUUAACUCGCAAGCGUCUUCAAAAAAAUUUAUAUGACCCAUUAUUUCCCACGGAAAGACAAGCAUGCAAACAUUUACAAACCUCGCAAUAACUAAAUCUGAAGUGGCAACAUGACCAGUUUGCAUUGUUCAUUGAAGGAUUAAAUAGUACACAAUCCCGGUUGACAUCAGUUUUUGUUCAAUGCAUAGUCAGUCGUCGCCUCAUGUUUUGUCGUCCAUCAUACUGUAGUCUAUGGUAGCCUUUAAAAUCGAACUAUUUGGUUGUCCCAAUAACAUGAUAAGCGACUAUGGUAGCGCAUCCUAUGAAUUAGGUAUACUGUAGUUUCUGGAUAUUGACAUUAUAGUAAUAACUCAUUAGCUAUAAGAUUAGUCUAUAAGUAGUCAUUAUAAAUGCGGAAGGGUGUCUGUCUGUUUAUUUAGGUGCCUGUUUCCUUUUCACGGCUGAACCGCUGAAUAGACCUUGACAAAAGGUAUAAUUAUAGUCUGAAGACGAAUUGAAAAUCAAAGAUUUCUCAUGGAAUAUCAAUAAAACAAAAUCCACGAGUAUAAAAUCGCGGGCAUAAGCUAUUAAUAAAUCAGGUAAGUGAACCUAAUUUGUGUAAGCAUAAUGUGGAGGUUAUUAGGAUAUAGUUAUUUUCUUAUUUUUUUAAUAAUAGUUUUAACACCCGUUAUUAAUGGCACUCUUUAUUAUGUUGACGUACCUAAUACACAAAUGUUAUAUUACUUUUGAGACUUUAAGUUAGAUAUAAUUUUAGCAAGUUAAGAUAAUAUAGAUUAAGGACUCUAAUUUUAUAUAACAUGUAGCUCAAAAAAAAAAUUUAAGUAAUAGUCAUUGUUAUGUACCUAUUUGUCAAAUAUCGUGAGUCAUUAUUUAAUUUGUAAAUCAAAAUUUUUACGGUUUUGAAAUUUUUAUUAAAAUACUAGCGGAUACAUACGCGCGUGCUACUACGCUACAAAAAUAUUGUGCCUAAUGCAUUGUUUUAGUUGUCCUUAAACCAUCUUCACAUUAUUGCCUUUCGAAAAAAACCGGUUUAAAGCACACGGACAGGUAGAAUCAUUUUUAGUGUUUUUUAUUUUUUUAAAGAUUAUAUUAUAAAAGAGAUAAUAGAACAUACUUUAAAAUCCAAGUGGACUAUUGCAAUUUUUUAGCUGACCAGCAAUUAUCGCAUAAAACAAGCUUGUGUUAUAAUGUCUACCUCCUCAGUUCAGAGUAUUUAUAGUUUUAGCAUAUUAUUUUCUUAGAUUAGAUGUCCCAGCUUCAUUUAGUCAUAAUUACUUGAUAAUUUUAUUAAUAAAUACUUAAUUUUUCAAAUAAAGAGAUAGUACAUAAAAUUGCCUUUGAAUUAACGUUCUUCGGUCAAG